GAUAAAUGGUGAAGAGGAUAAAAGAAGAAAAUAAAUAACGUUCAAAACGUUUUAUUUGUUCACCACUUGUUGACCUGUGUAUAGGGAAAGAUCCUUAUGUCAGUGCUGGAAGAGCUCUCUGUGUUGUGAUAAGUGGUUCUUGUGUCAAUGUUGGAAGAACGCCUUGUGGCUGUGAAAAGAACUCCUUGUGUUUACUGGAAGAGCUCCUUGUGUUUACUGGAAGAGCUCCUUGUGUUUACUGGAAGAGCUCCUUGUGUCGCUGGAGGCGCUCGAUCCUUGUUUUACGUGACUGUCAGUGUUCAGGCCGAGGUCUGAGGAUCACCCCCAAAGCUAAAAUAUGAAACAAAAUUAUCAAAUACUGUACAGUACUUGGUUAACGUGUAGAUUAAUGCUGCCAACUAUUCGAUUAGUGUUGAGACAACCAACUUCCCUUGUGAAAGGCCCUGAUUCAACCAGACCUUCAUAAUGGACCCUGUAGAAAAAAAUCCCUUAUUGGGAGCAGAAGAUCUUCCUCAGUCUGCCAUAUCUCCAACCGUGUCCACCUCAUACCAGAAUCCAUCUUUGCAUCCUGUUCUACCAGACAUUUCCAGUGAUGUAGUGGAUGGUGUUAUUCAAGCAAGAGGACAUUCACAGUAUCAGUAUAUGGAGGAUCCAUUCUUGGGAGAUAAGGAUGAAGACGAAAUAAAAAUAAAGAUAUAUCCAAGUCGUUUUUGGAUUCUUUUGGUGUUCUCAGUUCUGGCUUGGUUUCAGUGUGUACAGUGGAACACUUGGGGUCCUCUCAGUGAGAGUGUUAAUGCAGCAUUCCCAGGCUGGGGAUCAGAGACUGUGGCCAUGAUGGCCAACUGGGGUACAAUAACAUUUGUGUUGUUUGUCACUCCCAUGUGUUGGCUAAUGAACACAAAGGGGUUGCGCAUAGGAGUGCUGUGCUGUGGGAUUUUGGUGGCUGGUGGCACUGUUCUCAGGGUUAUUUCAAUUCUUACAAACUCCACAACAUUCUUUACUAGUAUGUGUCAUAUAUGCGCUAUAAUGGUUGGCAUUGCGGGAACCCUGCUCAUGGCAGCUCCGCCAAUGAUAGCAGCUGUAUGGUUCCCACCCAACGAGAGAACCACAGCUACAGCUGUGAGCCAAGUUCUGAACCAACUUGGGUCAGCAGGGAGCUAUCUGGAGCCCCUACUUGUCCGCUCCCCUUCCAACAGCACCACAUCUGAGGAGAUCAGAAGUGAUAUCCAUAGACUUAUGUAUAUUUAUGCUGGUGUUGCAGUAGCGAUCCUGGUGACCAUCCUGGUGUACUUCCCUGCCUUGCCCCCCACACCACCCUCUAUUACGUCCUCAAUAGAAAGGCUUAACUUUAAUUCAAGUCUCAAGAGUAUGCUCAGAAACUGGGACCUCUUGUUAGUGACUUUGUCAUAUUCCCUUUGUAUAGGAAUUCCUGCUGCCUGGGCAAGUGUACUCAACUUCUCCCUCCAUGACCUGGGCAUGCACCAGAACGAUGCUAUGUUGGUAGGACUCCUGAGUUUGACACUUUCGGGAGUGGCUGGUUUGUUAUCUGGUCGGUUGACAGACAUGGUUUAUGGCCAUGUGAAGAUAUCACUCAUUGUGAUAUUGAUAGCAGAUAUUUGCUGCUUAUAUUGGUUUUUCCUCUUGACUUGGGGAUCUAUAACUGUUACUAAAUUGCAGAUUUGUGUGUCUGUUGUUGGAGGAUUCACAUUCAGCUUUGCUGCAGUUCCUUUGUUCUUUGAAUUGGCUGUGGAGAAUGCCUACCCCUGCUCAGAGGUCAUUGUUGGUGGUCUCAUUACUGCUUCCAAUAAUUUGGUGGGGUUGUUAUUCCUCUUAAUUUUCUUCAUUCCAAACAUAGGUUAUCAGUGGGUGACUUAUUUACUUCUUGGCACAACUGCAGCAGCAUUUAUUCCACUACUUCUUGUGGAAGAGGAUUAUUCCAGAUCAAAGAUAGACCGCCACAACCUCCUUCAGACAUCAUACCAGCCAAUAUGAUUUUUUUCUUCAGUUUGAAUAUAUAUUUUGUUUUGAAAUUUAAAUAUUUUCAAGUUAAUAAUACUGUAGUUUGCUUAAGUGUCCAUGAAGUGUGUAAAAUUUAGUUUUCUCAAUAUUUUUGUGAUGACAAUUAUUUUUUAUCUGUGGUGAUCAAAAAAAUAUUGCUUUUACCGGUAUAUUGAUCUCAACAUGUCUCUUUUCCUUGUAACAUCAGGGAUAGUAACCAAAGAAUUUUUAAUGUUGGUCUUGCAUUUACACCAGCAAUUUAUGAUAAAUUAUGAGUUUAAUUAUUUUAUAUUUUGUUUAAUAUUUCAUAAAUUUGUUUUAAUUAUAUCACUUAGUAACUAUGUUACAAGAGUAGGUGUGCCUUGAUCAGAGUUGUGGGUCUUACUGUGGCAAGGCUGCAAUGAACUGGGAAAAAGAAUCUUCAGUUUGUUUACCAGAAUGUUACUUGUAAAAUUGCUAGCAUGAAUAUGAUAGAUAAUAGGGUUACACUCCCCUCACUUGGUGCUCCCAAGUUAUUGGGACCAGGCAACCAGUUUAUUGUAGGUUGCAACAUUUAAUAGGUGUUUUUUAAUACAGUAGAACGUCUAUUUAAAGCGAUUCAAUUUAAGAUUAUUGAUUUAAAGUGACACCCACAAUUAAGGACAAUGUUUUAAUUUAAAGCAAAUCUUUCCUAUUUAGCGCGAGUCAAUCUGGUGCAUCA